AACGUUGCGCAAAGGGUUUCUUCACUGAGAUCUUGUGAUUGCUGUGCUGGUGUGAUCAGAUACUUUCUCCUUCGCAGAAUGGGACAAGGCUGGAUAUAGCGGAGGUCUGGGAGGCAGGGUGCUGGCUGUCGUCACUCGCCCUCUCUCACGACCCGGACUUCGUCUACCUGCCUACGCACUAGAGGGAUUGAUUUUUGAAGAAAUUUAAUUUAAACUGUCAAGGACACUUCUACAUGAGUGGAAAGUAAAUAAAACUGGCUAAUUCAGUCUCUUAGCAACGCCUUGGGGACUCUCGACGCCGAGUGAGAGCAGCAUUGUUCCGACCAUGGCGAAUCUUAACUUAAAGCAGAAUCGGUUCUACCACGUCCCAAAGCUUUGUUGCAAGUAAAUGUCAUUGGAUACACCAAUUGCAUCAUCGUUCUACGGAAUGGAUUAGAAAAUGAUCCGAAAUGCUGCUGAGAGUCAAACCACAGAAGACAUCAAGUUUAGUUUGACGUAACCAAAGUGAAUCAAGAAUAAAAUGGACACUGUGAGUGUUGGGAUCACAUUUGCCACCUACCUGAUAGCAUCGUUUCUCAUUGCCUUUGCCCCGACAAGCAACAGAGUGGAGGCCCUCAACAUACCCCGCUACUUCAAGAACUGUAGUGACUGUCGGGGAUCCCUGGGCAAGGACAUCCAGCAACUUAAGAGGUUACAGCUUAUACGCAUGCGCCUUGAGACAGCUCUGAGAAUUGGGAGACAUGGCUCGCCCAUGCAGUCGGAUGGAAUUCCCAGGAAACAUAGUGUACCCCAACAAGCUGAGAAAGAGGAAAUCAUCACUUUCUCCCAAGCGAUAGGAAGGAAGGAAGAUUCGAGCAUACUGGAGUUCGUGCUAGAUACAAGUAGGAAAAGAAAAGAGUUGGAAGUUCUCAGUGCAAAUCUGUGGGUACUUGUGAAAAAACGCGGGAAAACUAAAAAGGGGAAGCGUAUAGUACUAAAAGUAUUUCAGUUGAAAGACAAGGGCCUUGUUCUCCUCACGUACCUCAGGACUAAAGUGAAAAAAACGAGAUGGCAGAAGUUAAGUCUACCGAUCAGCUUGAUUCAGACUCUAGUGGAACCACCCCUCAGCACGCUGAAACUUCGUGUAGACUGUCGCAGAUGUGGGCGAGAGGUCAAGCUCGUGCUACCUAGGAACAGAAAUUGGGGCAAGCGCAGAAAAGCCAGGAGACCAUCUCCCCGUGGUUUACGAACAAAUACGCCGGCCAAAAGGAGGCCAUUUUUGCAUAUAUUCACACGGGUUAAAUUCCAUUCCUAAUCAAAAGAAUUACACAAAAGUUGAUAUAUCCCUGGUUCAUGUGACUAGUACGUGUCUGGAUUUAGUAGACACGUAACACAGCUAUUAGCAAAUGUGACUUAGUCACAAAAUAACUUUUACGUCUUAGCGUAAUAUUUGUCACGGAUAUUGGACGGUUUUCAAGUGUUAGUUUCGGCAGUCACAGCACGUGUGCAGACUGGGAAUCUUAGUGACACCUGUCUGCUCUUCUUGCACAUUUACAACGUGGAAACCUUGGCCUCCUACAGGGGACAUUAUUGAUGCUUCACUGGCAUUCACUUAUUCACUAUUUAAGUUAUACUUAUAUCAUACUUCCGCUUUGUGACAUUCUCACUUUGUAGAGCUCCUGAGUUGUGUUUUAGUACGUACUCAGAAAAACUUGCUGAGUGCGUGUCAGAGUAUAAUCAGCAUCAAAUAGCAAUUACAUCUUAAGUGAAAAUAUGUUUGUUGACAUGGAAGGCCUUCCAGCGUUGUAAAUGGUAGGCGUGUUACUUUUAUUGACCUUUUCAGGUUUAAUUUUGAGUACAUUUAUAUCAGCGUAAUUGGGAAUUUAUUUGAGGAAUAGUGCUUCUUGUAACAGGUAUACACUCUUGGAGUGGAGGUUAUCUUAAUAUCUUAAUGUCGUAACGUCCUUUUUAUGCACACGUGACGUAAUACUCAUAUUGUAUCAUCCAUGCCAAGUGCGUAUUUGUCUCAUCAAUGUGUUCAAGCACGUGAAGGUCGUGUAAGAUUACACUUUAGUCGCCGUUAGCGACGUGUUCAAUGGACUGAACAACAGAAAAACGGAAAUAUGGUUUAGCGUUCACAUUUCCAAUCACUGUAUGGAUUCACAUGUGCAGUUAGGGCGAUACAUUUGUCACGGCAUUCACGGUGGAGCAUCCCAGAGUUACCCUUCAGACGUGACCAAUCAGUAUUAUGGAAAUAUACACAUAUUCAUCAUUCAUAUAGGUAAUUCACUUAGUUUCCCGUUGAUAAUUGGUUUUUGUUCAGGUACACAUUUCUCUCGAACACCGUAACACAGUGCUAUGACACUAGAGGUAGGUGAGGGAGUUUGAUUGUAUGCUGCUUUGAACGUUAUUUCAGUUAUAUGACGUUUUACCAUUUUGAUGAAACCCAUAGGAAUGGAAUUGGUGUCAGUAAAACAAGAUUCAUCAUCUGGACAAUCGGAUCUAGGAUCGAACCCACGAUGAAAGGAUGUAAAUCUGCUUAGUGAAUUGCGACGUGACACCUACCCCGAGAUAAGGUCGAACUGAUACCGCACAUACAACUAAUAAUGGAUGUGAACUAUUCAAUAUGACCUUUCCAAGGUUUGCUCCGUGGUGCUGAUAUUCGGCAGAGUGAUUGUUUUCAACUGCUAAUGUCAUCGCUGAUUAGAAUGACCGCAACUACAGCCAUAUAUAACACAUCGAGUUUCGUACACAUUCUUCCAUAUUUUACUGAUAUCAGGGUCUUGAUUGGCAGGCAGAAGUGCGUAAAGAGCGACUUGCUACGUCUCAUCAUUUAGAAUCCUGUUUCUGAGCAAAGUGACACACAACUAUGUAACUGUUUGACAGAAGUGACACAAAUCAAUGUCUAUAGCAUGUGCAGUACACUUGAAUGAUGAUGGCAUUAUAUGAUGUGCUUCCAUCAACGGUAUACUGUCUUUGCGUCAACACGUGAAUUGCGAGGACAUGUAGGUGAGCUGCUGUACCACUGGAGUCUUGUCAGUUACCGUUGGUCAAUGGCGAUAAAUUCACUUUGAACGUGCCAUAUUAUGCAUAGUAGACAUGUGUUAACAGUUAUAUUACGCAAGUUUGGUAUGUUGAAACGAUACAGGUUGCAACAUUUUCUAUUUUCAGCAGCUACGUAUACCGCAUGACUUGCAUAACAAUGCACCCAUUGUGUGUAAUAAAUCAUUCCAUUGUCA